UUACGUACAUCAGUAUUUGUCUUCCUUUUCCCCCCUCUUUCUCUCUCUCGGUUUCCCAUUGAAGCGCACUCCGAGUUCUCCAUUGAAGCGCACUCGCACUCCGAGUUCCUCCAUUGAGGCGCCUUCUGGUAGUUUUACCCUCCAUUGAAGCAGCUUCUGAGAUGGCAACCAGCCCAGAAACUCUGGAGUUUUUGUCAAAAUGUUUUAUGAACUCUCUCUCUCCUAACCAUGAGCCUCGACGCCAAGCUGAGGCUAGUCUUGGUGAGGCAGCUGAGCAACCUAAUUAUGGGUUGGCUGUUCUUACUCUCAUUCGUACACCAGGCAUUGGCGAGGAGAUCCAGCAAGCUGCAGCUGUGAACUUUAAAAACUUUCUUAAAGCUCGAUGGGCACCGGCAGCAAGGCGCUCUGAACCUAAUGUUCCCUUGCCAAACCCUAUUCCCGAUGCCGAAAAGAAGCUGAUUAAAGAACACAUUGUGUCUUUGAUGUUGGAGUCAACACCUCGUAUCCAAUCUCAGCUUAGUGAGGCAUUGGUGGUCAUUGGCAAGCAUGAUUUUCCUAGGCAGUGGACGGAGUUGCUUCCAAUGCUCAAUAGUAGGCUUCAGCAAGCACUCACCGAGGGUGGUAAUUAUGCUGCUAUAAAUGGGAUACUUGGGACUGCCAACUCAUUGUUUAAGAAGUUCCGACAUGGGUAUGGGACAAAUGAUUUGAGGUUGGAUUUAAGGUAUUGUUUGGAUAACAUGGCUGUCCCAUUGUUGCAAUUGUUCUCCCAUACUGCAUCUCUGUUUGACUCUGGUGUCAGUUCUGGUGCUUCCGCAGCAAAUUUAAAGCCUCUAUUUGAGUCACAGAGGCUGUGUUGUAGAAUCUUUUAUUCCUUCAACUUUCAGGAGUUGCCUGACCUCUUUGAAGAUAAUAUGGAUCCAUUUAUAAAUGUAUUUGGAAAAUAUCUAACUACUACAUACCCAGCCCUUGAACAAGGAGGUGAGCAAGCUCUUGUUGAUAAUCUUCGUGCAGCUAUCUGUGAAAUAUUGACCCUUUAUGUGGAGAGGACCGAGGAGCCUUUUGAAAGAUAUGUGGGUGAAUUUGAGAAAGCAGUGCGAAGCCUCCUUAUCACCGUGUCUGGAUCUCCAGGUCGUGAUCAUCUUGCGAUAACUGCUAUCAAGUUCAUGACAAUGGUCAGCACAAUGGCACACCACUACAAGCUGUUUGAUGAUGCUUCUUUAGAUCAGAUAUGUCGAAGCAUUGUCAUCCCAAAUGUGAUGCUGAGGGAAGAAGAUGAAGAGCUCUUUGAGUUUAACUAUAUUGAGUUUAUAAGACGGGAUAUGGAAGGGAGUGAUGUUGACACUAAGAGGAGAGCUGCAUGUGAACUUCUCAAAGGAAUUGCAACUCACUACAGAGAGAAGGUUGCUCCCAUGGUGAACAAUGUCAUACAGACAAUGUUGGCUAAAUGUAAUGAGAAUCCAGCUUUGAAUUGGAAAUACAAAGACUCUGCUAUCUAUCUGGUUAUAUCACUGAGCACUGUUAAAGCUACAGGCCCUAAUGUCUUGACGGGCUGUUUUGAUCUGCAAUCAUUCUUUUCAGUGGUGGUUGCUCCAGAGCUUCAGAGUCAAGAUGUUAAUUCAUUUCCAUUGCUCAAGGCAGGUGCACUUAAAUUUUUGACAGUAUUCAGAGAUCAGCUUCCAAAGUCUAGUGUGAUGUCCUUGCUUCCUGAAGUUUUGCGAUUUCUUGGUGCUGAGUCAAAUGUGAUCCACUCUUAUGCUGCUAUUUUCAUUGACAAGGUUCUAUUGGUUAAAGAUGAGGGGGGUAGAGCUAGAUAUGUUGCAUCUGAUAUUGCACCUUUUCUCCCUGUGCUGUUGAAUAACCUUUUUAUUGCGCUGAAGUUUCCUGAAUCUGAGGAGAAUCAAUAUGUUAUGAAGUGUAUCAUGCGGUUACUUGGUGUUGCGGAUGUUUCUGGUGAUGUUGCUGCUACUUGCAUGUCUGGGAUGGCUUCCAUUCUUAACGAAGUGUGCAAGAACCCUAAAAACCCUAUAUUCAAUCACUAUUUAUUUGAGGCUGUUGCUGUGCUUAUUAGACGGGUGUGUGACAAGGACCCCUCUGUCAUAUCACUGUUUGAAACUAGCCUCUUUCCAAGCCUUCAGACGAUUCUAACAAACAAUGUCAUUGAGUUCUUCCCAUAUGCAUUCCAGCUUCUUGCACAGCUUGUUGAAUUGAACAGGCCCCCGUUGCCACCGCACUACAUGCAGUUCUUUGAGCUUCUUUUGCUUCCUGAUCUGUGGACCAAAUCUGCUGAUGUCCCUGCUCUAGUGCGUUUGCUUCAGGCUUUCCUUCGGAUGGCUCCCAAUGAACUUAACCAAGGUGGAAAGCUAGAUGAGGUGCUUAAUAUAUACAGCAAGCUUCUUCCUUCUUCCAGGACAGAGGAGCAGGCUUUUUUUGUGCUGAACACAGUUGUUGAGAGCCUUGGGUACGAAGUGAUUGCUGGGUAUCUUCCGAAAAUUUUGGUUUCGUUGUUUACCCGUCUCCAGACUAACCAGACCCCAAAGUUUGUUAGGUGCUUUAUCAUAUUUAUGUCUCUCGUUAUAGUCAAGCAUGGUUGGAAUAAUCUUGUUGAUGCCUUUGACCGUGUACAGCCUGGUAUUCUACUUACAAUUUUGGAGGUGUUCUGGGUUCCAAAUCUUAAGCAGAUCACAGGUGCCACUGAGACUAAGCUAACUGCAGUGGCUUCAACAAAACUCUUGUGUGAAUGUCCUGCCCUUCUAAAACCCGAAUCUUCUAAAAUUUGGGGUAAAAUGUUAGAUAGCAUUGUUACGCUUGUUACCAGACCAGAAGAAGAGAGAGUAGAGGAAGAAUCUGAAGUUCCAGAUUUUGCUGAGACAGGAAGCUAUUCUGCGACAUUUAUUCGCCUUUAUAAUGUCAAUAAAAGAGAUGAUGAUCCGCUCAAGGAAAUUAAAGAUCCAAAGCAGUUUUUGUUAGCUUCUUUGAGAAAUCUUUCGGACUUUUCCACUGGGAGAUAUGGACAAGUUAUCAGUGAGAAUGUAGAUCCUGCCAAUCAAGCAGCACUGUCUCAGCUUUACAGCACUUUGACCACUGCCUAAUAUGAGCAAGAUUAUGUUCCUUGAUAGAGUGAGUAAUUGCUCUCAGAUGAAUGCAUUUUGGGGUGUCCAUCUUGUGAUGUGGGUGUUCUUUUCGGGAGUGAUGCGGUGGUUGGGCAAUCAGUGUGCGCUAACGAAUGCAUAUGCUGAUAUGUGCCCAUGUUUUGGCUAAUGCCUUAUAUAUUUUCAAGUGUUUCACGACUGCAGUUUGAUCAUUUUUAUGCUCUGCAGAUAUGCAUUAGUAUUUUGUAUCGAGUCUUGCAAGACUGUAGCCGCUUUUGUCGCUUGUUGAAGGGUUUUGUUUAUAGAUGUAGAGUGUAUGAGUUGGUGGUUUAUUGAAUUUGGUCGAUUUUAUUAUCGGAAGAGAAAUAUGUUAUAGAAACUUUACUUGAGUUAUUUGGUUCCAAAUUUUAAUGAGUAAGCACAAGUGUCAGGUCUUCAUUAUCUAGAUACUGGUGAUGAUUUUCUACAAGCUGGAUUGUUUUGGGUAAGUAUGGGUAAACAUAGCAUGGUUUUGAAAAUUUAGUAUAAAAUUUUAUAUAAUUAUUUAAAUUGUCACAAAUAACUUUUUUUUUUUUUUUUU